UACUUGCGUUCAUACUUGGCCCAAGGACAACCAAACAUAUAUGAUCAUUUAAACUGUUGUAAUGAUCUUAUUUCUCAUUUCUGAAGAACAAGAAAUGAAAAUGAGAAACUCUUCAAGAAUUGGAGCCAGACACUACAAGAAAUCUGAAGCUCCUCGGCUGCGGUGGACGCCAGAUCUUCAUGAAUCCUUUGUAGAAGCUGUUGAGUCCCUCGGCGGAAAGCAUAGAGCAACACCAAAGAAAAUAAUACAGUUGAUGGGUGUGAAAGGAUUGAUGAUAUCUCACGUAAAGAGCCAUCUUCAGCAGAUGUACAGAAGCAUGAAGGAAGGAACAAACAUUAAGUCUCUUUUAUCUAGGCGACCAUCAUGUAGUACUGGAAGGACAGAUUUUAGUGAUCUCAACAGCUUUUGUAAACAGAAUCUUGUGGAAAACACUCACUUAAUCCCCAAGCAUACACAAAGCUUUGCUCUACAAAGGUCCUUAGGAGCUCAAUUGAAGGAAAGGGAAUCUGAAAGGGGAGCUUCUGGACAUGAAAGCUUUUCGACCGAAAGCAAUGAAGUUCUUCUAACAAGAAAAGAAAUAGAAAGAGAUGAAAAUCAGCUUUCACAAGUGAUCUCAAAUAGUGGAAUAUCCAACAGAGAAGAUAUUGGUCACCCAAUUGAUCAGAAUUAUGAAUUAUCAUUAUCUUUCAAUUCCUCCUCAUUGGAAAGAAGUGAAAAAGGAGAACUGUGGCCUUUGGAAGAAUGUAUUCCUGAUCAGUUCAAUAGAAGUAGUAAAGAGAGAGAUACUAUGGACUUUAACUCCUAUAAGGAAAGUUGUAUAAACCUAGACCUAAACAUCUCAAUAGCCAUCUCCAACUCUAACUAGAAACUGAAAUUAUAAAUAUCUACUCUUGUAUACUUUAACUUUCUACUGACACAUAUGAUAAUUUUUGUUUUCUCUAUCACUGUAACUAUCUAAUUGAAAUCACAGCAUAAGCACAGAAGAUUAGAACAGGAAAUUGUGAGUACCGUUCAUCAGUUUGGAUCAGGCUGGUUUGGAAAACUCUCUAGGACCCUUAAGUAGUUAGGUUCAAGAUACCAAUCUGAACUUUGAGGUGGAUCAGAUGGGGUGUUUUGUGAAGUGCCAUAUAGGGUUGGUUUUGGAUUACCAUUCUUAGGCUCAGAAAUGCCAAUCGGAACCAAAACUGUUUAUUACUCGGGCUGUGAUAUUGUAAAUGCUAUUUCUCAUCCA